AUGGAUCCAGUCUAUGAUCAGGUCAGUACUGCCAUGGAAUCGAAAAAGAACCAGAGUAGAAGACGCAACGAAAAACGCGUUCUGAUUCACGGAGGAAGUCUUCUGGCAUCGCUAUCAGCUUCUUUGAUAUGUACGAUAGUCCGAGGACUCGAGAUAGGAAUGGAAUACGAAUUGAUGCGAGUAUUCUACUUCACAGUCUUUUUGUGGGUUCCGUGUACUGACAUAGUAACAACAUUCUGUAUUGUGGCAUCUUUGCGGCAUAGUGUUAACCCAUUCAAGAAAGCACCGAGUAUAAAAACAAGUAUAACUCAAUCAAAGAUUGCUCCUGCACCGUCUCGUCAAUAG